AUGACUAGCAUCUUUAGCAACAACGUGAGCAUCGGCCAGAGAACCGGCACGAGGAUUGAUUCAUCUGCAAAGCACAUUGUGGCAUGCAGGGUGGAUCAAGACUUUUUCCGGGAGCAGGGUGAGCCGAUGGAAAAGAUUUUGAAACAAAAGUAUCUCUAUGCUAUGCAGAAAGAUGAGAUCGUCAUGAACUGCUCGGUCAGGACAGACAAUACGACAAGGAAGGUAUGCUAUCCCUACGUGAUUACGACGCUUGGCCAGGAGGUGACAGAAGAGAAUAAGAGGGAGUUGUUAGAUUAUUACAACAAUAUCGAGAUUGAUAACAUUGUCGCUGAGGAUACGCAAUAUCCAUUCCCCAGACAGCUCAGGUUCCAGGGCAUCAGUGUCGGGACAGGCUGGGCAUCGGACUUGAGUGGUGACACCUUUGCAUCCGCCCUGAUCGGUGGGAUGGUCACGAUCAUCAAUGGAAAUUUCCCAGCCUUUACGGGUGAUCUAGUUCAGUGGUACUUUGAUUUCGAAGAGGUUAUGUUCGAUGUGGAAGGUUACAGGCACCCGGACACAGCCCAUCUCAGGCCCGGUACCGUAGAGAGGGUUGCAAGGAGGAGAUAUUUGGGCAACUCAGACCCUGUCGCGAGGCGCGAGGCUGAAUUGGAAUCGGUUGCAAGGAGGAACAUGUACGGGACCUACAAACAGUACAACCAGGGGAAGCAUAACGUCUUCUUUAUGAAGUCCUUGAUGCCAAGGAAGGACGCACAGGGCAAUAUUUUAGAGAUCGCCACCGGUGACCUUCAGAGAGUGAUUGGGAAGGUUAUCAAUGGCCAGAUCACUGGGACCAGGGUGGAUUCUGCUUCCAAGCAUAUCAUUGCAUGUAGGGUGUCGGAGGAUGCAUUGAAAAUCCUCAGUAACCCAGAAUUCAUCCACAGGAUCCAUCUCGAUAAGUACAAGUAUUGCAUGCAUAAAGACGAGUUGGUUCUUUGUGUUGCAAAGCCCUUCAAUCCCGUCAAUCGCAUGACUUACAAGGUGAAUCGGCAGGCCUAUCCACCCGUUAUCACUACUUUGGGUGAAGUCACAGAUGACCUGAAGCAGGAGAUUAUGGACAUAUAUGCAUCCGAGACGCAGCUUGAAUAUAAUCAUGCCAAGUCUGUUGCAAGGCAGUUGAUACCCGAGUUCCAGUUCCAGGGUGUUGCGAAUGCCCUCGCCUGGGCCACAAUGAACCAUGGGGACAACAUAGCUUCUGUGCUUGUAUGUGGGAUGGCGACGAUCAUGAAUGGCCAUUUCCAUUGUUACACGGGUGAUUAUCUCCAGUGGUAUUUUGACUUUGAGCAUUCGAGAUUUUCAAAGGAUGGCAAGAGGAUCUAUAACAACAAUCUGCAACCAUUGGAUCAAGACGAGAACAAUGACGCUGAAAGGACAAGAAGGGAGUUCUUUGAACGCAAUGCAAUGGGGAAUUACAAGAAUGAGGCGACAAAGAGCCUUUACAAGAAGAACAUCAUCUACCCAAAGCCCUUUUACAUGAAUGGCAGCUCCUAUGGAGAUUCUAUCCGUGUCUUUGGCAGGGUGAUGAAUGGUGGAAGACCGUUUGAACCCAUCGAUGUCUUGAUCAUGAGUCAAUGCUCUUGA